ACCGUUAAAUUAGUUUCCUCGUCGUCCGUCAAUGCAUGGAAGUAAGACAAGAACCCUUCUCUACUGUAAAGCAAUGGAAUAAUUCUAGAAAAACCAGAAACCUUCAAAAUGUCAGCAGCGACUCCUUACAUAUGUCGGCAGAGACCAACCGAAAAUCUAUUAGGCGUUUUCUUUGGCCAAAAUCCAUUGAAUUCCUCUUUCGCCCUAUUUAUGUUGGAGCUAUCGCUUAUCAUUAUCAUUUCUCACGUCGUCCGCCUCCUCCUCAAGCCAUUUGGGCAGCCUAGAAUCAUUCCGGAGAUCAUUGGCGGAAUUAUAAUGGGGCCAUCCGUGUUAUGCCGAAAUGAGAAGUUUCGAACGUAUAUGUUCCCUGAUAAUGCGUUUUAUGUGAUCCAGAAUAUGGGAGUAAUGGGGUUCAUGCUUUAUCUCUUCAUAUCUGGGGUGAAAAUGGAUAUAUCUGUAGUAAAAAAAACGGAUAAAAAGCAUUGGUACAUUGCCCUAUUUGGGGUGAUGGUGCCACUUUGUUUUGGCAUAGUUGUUGCAUAUUAUUGGAGGAAGUCUAUGGCUCCAGAGAUUGUGCAAGCUUCUUCGAUUUGGGGGGUGACCUCGUCGCUUGCAAUGACGGCCUUUCCUGUUCUUUACCCGAUCAUGAAGGAGCUCAACUUACUCAGCUCUGAAAUGGGGAGGGUGGCCCUAUCCAUUGCAUUGAUUAGUGAUGUGAUAGGCAUGAACGGUGUAGUUAUAUUCGAGGCCACCAAGCAAGGAGAAAGGCGGCCUAUGGCUGCUGUAUGGUACCUUGUCUCGUUGAUUGUGGUUCUAGCAUCUCUAUUUUGUGGUCUGAGACGGCUCCUGCAGUGGAUUAUCCGGACAACCCCUGCAGGGAAGCCAGUGGAUCAGGCUUAUGUGGUUGCCUUAUUGUUGGGGGUUUUUGCCAUUGGUUUUGUUGCUGACGCGUUGGGGCUUGCUAUUGCCAACGGGCCGUUGUGGCUUGGCUUGGCUGUGCCAGAUGGUCCUCCGUUAGGAACCAUUCUGGUGGAGAAAAGUGAGACCAUAUUGGCCAACGUUUUCAUGCCAUUUUCGUACAUGUAUGUAGGCUUGUUAACGGAUCUGUCAUCCAUGAGCGGCCACUGGAAUUACCUGCGGCCGCUGCUUUAUGUGGUCUUGACUGGAUACGUCAUGAAAAUGAUUUCCACCUUCGUUAUUGCCCGUUUGUUAGACAUGACCACCAGAGAUAGCCUCACCGUGAGCCUUAUAAUGAGCUUGAGGGGUGAAGUGGAGUUUUUGUUGUUCAUCCAUUGGAUGGAUUUUAAGAUGGUGAAAAUACCAGAGUUCUCAAUGCUGGUCAUAUUGACAAUAUCAGUGACUACUUUAGUUGCGCCGUUGAUCAGGAUACUACAUGAUCCUACGAGGCCAUAUAUGUUGAACACGAGACGCACAAUACAACACACUGCGCUUGACAAUGAGCUUCGUAUUAUAACGUGUAUUGAAGAUGAACAGAGUCUGUACGGAGUGAUGGAAUUACUCGAUCUCUUUAAUCCAACGGCUAGCAAUCCUAUUGCUGUCCAUGCUUUACGCCUAAUUGAACUUGUUGGUCGUGCCAACCCAGUGUUCAUUGACCAUGAAAGGGAAGAAGAGAAAAAUGGAGACGAAGGAUCCAGAUUCAGUUCGAUACAUAAUGCUCUGAAGAUUUUUGGUGAGGCUAGAGGUGACUACGUAAAGAUAUAUUCUUACACAGCGAUCGCCCCUAAGAGAUGCAUGCAUCAAGACGUCUGUGAGCUAGCUCUUUCUAAGCAAACUUGUUUGAUCAUUAUACCGAUUCCCCAGGUGAUAAUGGAUCACAUGAAAGGGUCGCCGACUAAGAAAUCAGCCUCUCAAUCCCUAAGUGCUAUUGUGCUGAAUCAGGCCCCUUGCUCUGUCGGAGUUCUAGUGAGCAAGAAGGAGUACAGAAAUGUAGUUCCUGGUGUUACGAGUAGCUCAAUGUAUCACUAUAUCCUUCUAUUCUUGGGCGGAGCAGAUUCUAGAGAGGCGCUUUCUUAUGCAGACCGUGUUGCUAGAUGUCCGGAUACAUCACUCACUGUUGUCAGGUUUCUUGCAUAUGAAAAUGAGGGAGACAUCGCUAUGGAGAAGAAGCUUGAUGAUCAAUUGGUGACGUCUUUUUGGGUGAAAAACGAAGCUAAAGAGCAUGUAACCUAUCGGGAGGCUGUAGUGAAGAACGGGGAGGAAACUAUGGCUGUUAUUAAUGCAAUGAACGAUAAGUGCUAUGAUCUUUGGAUCGUGGGAAGAAACCACUUAAAUCCUAUUCUCCUUCAAGGACUAUCGAGUUGGGCCGAGAUCAGUGAGCUAGGAGUUGUAGGAGAGUACAUUGCCUCCUCGGAUUUUAGCAGUAACGGUUCGGUUUUGGUGGUGCAACAGCAAAUGUUAAUGGGGCACAGAAAGAAUUCAGAAAGUCUAUUUGGAAGAUUCUUGUUGGAUGAAAAUUGGAAGUAGCUAGUCCAUAUAUAACCC